AUCAAGUGCCACCAUCCAUCCAUUCUAAAUUGGCCCAACUUGGGCCUGCCAGCACCGCUGUGCCACUAUGCGCACCGUCCGAUCCCCUAGACGGCACAGAUCAACAACACGAUCGCAAAAUCAGCACCGGUGGAAACCCUACCCAAAAUAUCCUCCAAUUUUCGCCGUCAUUCACGGAAAGGAAGGAGAUAGCGGCUGCGUCGGCGCCGAAUUCCUUGCCGGCGUAACCGCGCCGGCAAUUCGCGAUGCUCAACGGCGAUGUCGCGUCCGGCGUCGAUCUAUCCCGCUGUGCUCGUUGAGGAUGUGGUGCCGCCGUCCUUGAAGGCGGACGUCCUGGCCAUGGUGAUGGGGGCUGCGUGGGCCGUCGCCAUUGAUGGCAGGCUGCGCGCGCUACGGUGACGGCGGGCCGGGAGACGACGUUCGCGCGGAAGACGGAGGCUGAGCGGUUUCUGUGUGCUGGAGUUUGCUCCGGCGGCGUGGAGAGGAGCUGCAGCCGGCGCAUCGCAAAGGGAUGGAGGCCCCCUUCUCCCAGCCAGUCACCGAUUAUAUGUGGUUUGGUCGAUGAGGAUGGCGUGAAAGAUGGCUGCUCCACUCCGGGAAUGGAUAAAAUGUUGCCUAGCGAUCGGCGGUGGAGGGCCAACGGGAGCGGGAACGAAGUUCACAGGCGGUGGUGCCAUGACCCUCUUCGAGCCAGGACGGCCCAUCCUGGGUCCCAUCGGCAUGAGUGCUAAGACCCGAUUUCUCUUCUAACACGACUCAUGGUUCAGAACGCAAGGACGUAUAUUGACUGAUCUGACUAUUUUCAUUUUCAUUGGCGCCAAGUAAACCAUGGUGAUAGGAAAAAGGAAGUGAUUGAAAGAAGGAGAUUGAUCAACGUUUGAUUGAAAGAAGGAAGGAGAUUUAUCACCGUCAUGAAUGAAUUGAUUGCCAUGCAUGAAUUGAUUGCGUUUCGAUUGAUUGUUGAUUGAUUCCGCUUGGUUGCCUUAUGUGAAUUAUUUCUUUACCAAAGAUAGAGUCGAUUGGAGGGAGAAAAGAAAAUCGGCAUAGGGAGAAAAUCGGUGGGGAGAAAACCGGUGUCGGGAGAAAAAAAAUCGCUGGAGGGGAGGGGGGAUCGUACGAAGGGGUUGGACGAAGAGGGGGAACGUAAGAGGGGAAACGGAACCUUACGUUUCUUUUAGGUAGUAGAGAUUAAUAAUCCAGUAAUUAGGAAAGUAAUAAAGUAUGAAUGGAAAUUUUAAUUAUAGUAAGGACGCGGUCAACAACAGCGUCCCUGUAUGGACGCACAUGCUAAUGACGUCCAUCCCUGGACGCUAUUUUGGAUAGCAUCCAUCCACCAUCUGGUUGGGUCGAGCCUGCUCGCGGUCGCUGCAUCCAUCUCGUGCCUGUUGCCCACCUUCAUCUCCUCUCCUACCACGGCCGCCCUUUGACCUCCGGCAAAUCCCCGCCGCCCACCUUGCUCAGACCGCCUCCGCCUCGUCCCCCACCUCCUCACGACCGCCUCGGCCUCCGCCUUGUCCCCCACCUCGUCACGACCGCCCCGACCUCUGGCUCAUCCCCGAGGCCCACAUCCUCACGGCUGGCCCCGACCUCCUCUGGGCCAAAGGGGGUGGGCGGAGGACGCCGUUGUGGCGGCAUCAGCAAGUUGGCCAGAGGUGUUCGUCCCUCGCCCUUAUCUCCAUUGCUUCUUUGUACCCGUCCCUACCAUUGGUAGCAGUGUGGAUCUUCCCAGGGUGCUACACUGUAAUUUGUCGCCAUAGAAGGUACGCAUUGUGCUAUUCCCCAGUUAAACAACAGUACUCCGACCAUGCAUUCUACUAGCCCCUAAUUAGUGAUUACAGUGUCGAUGCUUUCAAAUUAAUCUGUACAAGGAGCAGAUGCUUUCAAAUUACUUCUGACUAAGGAUUUACUAUUUGUCUCUUAUUCUGUCUAAUAGAUUCAUAUGAAAGUAACAUUUUUGAAAUAAUAUAAAUUAGUUCCUUGUCUUUCAUAAAAGGUAUUGCGCAUCGAACCAAAAUAUUAUAAAUUUCGGAACUUUUAUGAAAUAACAUAGUACUUGAGCAGCUGAGCAUAAUUGAUUCCUAUGUUGUUUUCUUGUACCUUUAUUGAUUACGCUAACUGUGUAGGCAUAGCUGAAAACAUUGGAUUGUUUGAGUUUUAUUUAUCAGUGUAGUAUUGUGAAGAAUAAAUUCAAUUGAUUGCUUUGAUCUUUCACGUCAACAUCUUACUCAUUCCUUUUAUGCCGUAACAGGGUCUUGAAAUGGAUACAAAUGGAUGUUUCAGUGAUUUGUUAUAGAUGCCUCACAGCCAACACAAAAUAUCCAAAACUUGGGAAAAUCCUAACAUUUGCUUGAAUGUACGGUGUCACCAUGUUGGCAUCCCAUUUGACCCCCUAUGUACAUCAGCUUUAGAGAACCUUGGUUUUUAUCAGAUUGCUAAGAUGAGGAAAAUCAAUGUCGACAAAUAUUUGAUACCGGCAUUGGUGGAGCGUUGGCGGCCCGAGACAAACAGUUUUCACCUACCUGUAGGAGAAAUGACUAUUACGUUGCAAGAUGUCAGUUGUUUGCGGGGGUUACCUAUCCAUGGUAAACCACUUGUUGGAAAAGUUGAUACACAGUGGUCAGAAAUAGUUGAGAGGUUGCUUGGGAUUCCUGUGGAUGAACAACACAUGAAACAAAAGAAAAGGCGAAAAGGUGAUGAUAAUACUGUUGUGAGGAAUUCACAAUACUCUCUAAAUCUGGGUAAACCGCGGGAACGCUUUCAUGUGUUGCCGGAUAAUCCAAUGGACUGGGAGAUUAAUUGGCAUGCUCGAGCACUUGUUCUAGAAAUCCUUGGCUCCGUAGUCUUUACUGAUACAUCUGAAGAUGGAGUGCCAGCUACGUAUCUCCAAUUUAUGCAGGAUUUAGGACAACCAACAGAGUAUAAUUGGGGAGCAGCUGCUCUUGCUCUAUUGUAUAGAGAAUUGAGCAUAGGUGCUGAGAAAGAGAGACUAGAAAUUUCAGGUCCUUUAUUGCUGCUACAGUUAUGGUCUUGGUCCCGUUUGCACUUGGUCGCCCUAAAGUUAUUUUUGAGAAGCCCAAAGAAGGAGAGGAGCUUGAUGAAGACGAAGAAGAACAAGAAGUACACUUGGAUUAUAACCUUGUUUUUGGAGCAAAGUGGUGUGCUGCACAUGCGUUUGAUGUCCCUCAUAAUGCUGGCAUUGUAUUCUCCUCGCCAAACUUAGUCCGAUCUAAGGGGUAGGCCAACCUCUUAAUUGGACGUUGCUUGCCUUAGCGUCCAGGCCUGGACGCUGUCUACAAUAGCAUAUCACGUGAAAAUGGGCACCAAACUGACGGUUUGGCAUUAAUUAUUUUCCUAGCCGUACGUCGUCGUGUGCCGACGGCCAUUUCGAGCCACCAUCACCAAAAGGACCCUUUGUAGCUAUGGCCUGACACAUUCUAGAUGGGUAGAGAUUAAGCAAUGGAUCGUUCUAACAAAAAAAAGUUUUUUUUAACAUAGUACAGACGCAAGCGCUCAUGUACACGCGCAUAC